AUGGCAUCCUCUCCCACCUCCGCUUCCCCCGCCGCACUGCCGCCGCCGCCGCCCCCUGCCCCCGAGCAGGACCAACAGCACCAGCAGCAUCAGGGUGGUCUCUCGGUCAGACCAGAGAGAAGGACACAAGUCCGAGAGCUCCUUGCCGACCUCGACCGCGCCCUCAACCACUUGGCCGAAGGCCCUGGUGCCCAAAUCGCCGACCUGUUCCCCCGGCUACGGGCCGAGUUCUGGAAGGCCGCCUGCGAGAUCGCCGUCUCGGGCAUCCACUCCGGCCAACCCCAUGACAUCCGAGACUGGCCUCUCUGGCUUCGCGCCCGCAUUCCCGAGCCCCGCCUCUUCUCCACACUCCACCCCGUCUUCCACCCAGUCGUCGACGAGAUCCGAGCCUCCCCGCGCCGCGGCCAGCGCUUCACCCGCGCCGCUAUGGUCCUCGGCCUCCGCGACUACCACAUGCUCCUCGACUUCGGCACCACCAUUUGCUCCUCCGAGACCGCCCUGCAGAACCUCGCCGCCUUCCGCUACCUCCAACCCGCCAUCCCAACAGACGCCAUCGUCCGCCAGGUCCAAGCCCAGAUGCUCCUCCGCCCUUCUCUCUCCCCGCAAGAGCCCCCCGAUCCCACCGUUGCCGAGUGCACCGCCGCGUUGAAUCAUCUCGCACCAGGCUUCAGCUCCCGCGCCCGAGGCCCUUCCCGUAGCGUCUCCCGUGGCGUCUCUCGUGCGCCAUCCCAGGCUGUUUCCGAUGCCGGAACCCGCCGUUCGGCUUCUUUUGCGUCUGCCCUCCCCGAGCCCGUUGCCCAAACGCCCGUCUCCCGAACGGCGCGAAAGCGCAAGGCGGCAGACCGAGGCCCCAACCAGGAGGAGAACGAGGACGAGGACGAGGACGAUGACGAUGACGAUGACGACUAUGGCCCGGCUCGUCGCCCACAGCGGAAGAAGCGCGCCAACAAGAACCAUGCCCGGCCCUCUAUUGAGGGUCAGGACGAGGCGCGUGCAGAGGAGCAAGAGGCGGAGGGAGGCAGGGGCAGUGGCGGCGGCGGCGAGGGCGGCGACAUGUCGAGUCCCUUUAUUCACUCUCUCCUCAGCAUGGGGAACAAUGACUGCCAUCCCGGCGGCAACAGAAGCAGCAGCAACAACAACAACAGCAGCAGCAGCAGCAAGCAAGGCGGCCUCGAGAAGCACAUCGCCCUUGUCCGAGAGCUAGUCUCCCUAGGUGCCCCAAAGCCCGCCCCUAGCGCAGACCCCGGCCUGGCCGCAAUGUAG